GCCGCAGAAGAUGGCAGCAGAGGACGCUGCGGAGGCUGGGUUGUCCGCGGAGCGGCUGCAGGAGGCCGAGGAGGAGGCGGAGAAUGGGGGAAGUCCCGCGGGCGGCGGCGAGGCCGCAGCGCUUAAAAAUGCCACCGGGCAGUUUGUGACUUCUAAAUAGAUGACUAGAUGGGAAGUAAAAGCGUGUCUCAGAUGGCGAAGUUGACUGUAAAAAAGUGGAAAGCAAGAACCUGUCUGUGAAAGUUGGUGAAUCAGAAGUAGAAACCGAAGAAGAAAGAAUAGAGCAUGAAUCCAUAAGGGAAUCCGAUAGUAACAUUUUGGAUGUUUCAUCUGAUUAUCCAAGAGAGAAACACCUUUCCAUUCAAAGACAACUUGGUGAUCUAGAGAGACUAGCUGACCUGAAUGAAGCUGAAAAGAAGCCUUGUCCCUUGUGUCCUGAAGAGAAAUUUAAAGCCUGCUAUGGCCAUAAACUCCAUCGUCAUCUCCAGAAUCUGCACUGGAAAAUUUCUGUUGAAUUUGAAGGGUACAGAAUGUGUAUCUGCCACUUACCUUGUCGUAUAGCAAAGCCAAACUUCGUUGCAGAUCAGAUGUUUUCAAAGACGGGAGCACAUUACCACUGUAUUAUCUGUUCAGCAACUAUUACACGAAGAACUGAUAUGAUAGGACAUAUUAAUCGCCAUGUGAAUAAAGGAGAAACUGAAUCAAGAUUUAUUACAGCUCCUGCUCCCAAGUCAUCUUGUGAAGUGCUGAAAGAGGCAGACACAGAUGUGCAGGUUCUUCCCAACUAUUCCACACCUCAAAAAACAGAUUCCUAUUUUAAUCCCAAAAUGAAGCUCAACAGGCAAUUGAUAUUCUGUGCGCUAGCUGUUUUAGCUGAGGAGCGUAAACCAAUAGAAUGUUUGGAUGCAUUUGGUGCUACUGGUAUAAUGGGAUUACAGUGGGCGAAGCACCUCAGAAGUUCUGUCAAAGUUACAAUUAAUGACUGUAACGAAAAUUCUGUGACAAUGAUUCAGGAAAACUGCCAUUUAAACAAAAUGAAGGUGAAAGUGAACACUAAGGAAGAAGACAAUUACGAAGCUAUAGGAGAUGGAGAAGAAAAUUCUAACACCAUUGAGGUGACAAAAAUGGAUGCCAAUGUUAUAAUGCAUUUAAGAUCGUUUGAUUUUAUACAUUUGGACCCAUUUGGAACUUCUGUGAAUUACCUGGAUUCUGCCUUCAGAAAUGUGAGGAAUCUUGGAAUCGUGUCACUAACAUCCACAGACAUUAGUUCUCUGUAUGCAAAGGCUCAGCAUGUUGCCCUGCGUCAUUAUGGAUGUAACAUUGUCCGAACAGAGUACUACAAGGAGCUGGCAGCCAGAACAGUCAUUGCUGCUGUGACAAGAGCUGCGGCUCGCUGUAACAAAGGCAUUGAAGUCUUGCUCGCAGUAGCCCUGGAACACUUUGUUCUUGUAGUCAUCAGAGUUUUAAGGGGACCAUCUCCUGCAGAUGAUUCAGCAAAGAAAAUAAGAUAUCUUAUCCACUGCCAGUGGUGUGAAGAGAGAAUUUUUCAGAAAGAAGGCAAUAUGGUAGAAGAAAAUCCUUAUCAGCAGCUACCUUGUGAUUGUCAUGGCAGUAUGCCUGGGAGGACAGCAGUAGUUCUUGGUCCUCUGUGGUCAGGAGCCCUCUUUAAUACUGGAUUCCUCAGAAGAAUGCUGUUUGAAGCUGUCCAGUAUGGCUUAGAUGAAGUUCAGCCACUUUUGAAGACAGUAAUUUGUGAAGCUGAGUGUACAACUUCCAAGAAUUUUUCUACUCAUAGUCCUUUUGAUGAAAACAAACAAGAAGAGUGUGGCGUAUAUAUUAAAACACCAGAUAUGCUGGCAGAAUCUGAUGUGGUACCUGGAAAAAGAAAAAAUAAUGAAGUGAUGCGAAAUGCAACCAAGCGACAAAAAACUGACAACAGUGCUGAGCACCCUGCAUUUUACUACAAUAUCCACAGACACAGUAUUAAAGGAAUGAACAUGCCCAAGUUAAAUAAGUUCUUAAACUGUCUCUCUGAAGCUGGAUACAGAGUCAGCAGAACCCACUUUGAUCCUAUGGGUGUUCGCACCAACGCACCCUUGGCACAGUUUAAGACUGUUCUCAUGAAGUACAGCACUCCCACAUAUGCUGGGGGGCAAACAGAAGGCCCUCUCCAUCUGAGAGAAGAUGUCCAGGUGGGAGACCAGCUUCAAGCUGCUGCAGACAGCAAGGCAAAAGAUGAUGAGUUUCGGGAAGAAAAUAAAUCUGGAGACACUGCCACUGUCUUUGCAGAAGACUGUCCUACUCACUGUGCAGCUGAUUAGUCCAAAUCCUUUUGGGUUUAGAUCAGAACUGGCAACUACACUCUGUUCAAGUACACCAGUAGUACUCCUUACAAUCCUGGAGUUUGACAGUUUGAAACCCCUGCAAUUUUCAUUGGAGAGGACAUUAUAGAAUUCUAGAACUUAGCACUGAACACAGCAGUGUGCAUGGUCAAGAUGCUUUUCCUGUGGGAAAGUUUUUAGGCAGUUGGUUCUUUCACACUCACAUCCACUUUUACACUGAGCAUUGUAGCUAGCACCAAGUCCUUGUACAGCCUUACUCAAGCUGCUAGAACAGAACCCAGAAGAGUGGGCGGAGCCAAAAGUCUUAAGCAUUUCUGCAUAUAAAUUUAGUUUGAAUCAGAUGAUCAUUCCUAAAACCUGGCCUGUAAGAAUUCAAAGGGAGGUCACAUUAAGGUGAUAAAAUACUACAGGACAAAAUGUGAUGUGAACUGAAGCAAGCCAGAAAGUGUUAACUUGAUGCACUUCUAACUCUACAUUGCUCAUGUAAUUUGGCCUUUGGUUUCGUUUCUAUAGAUCUACCUACAGACAAAAUCCUAAUACAAGUGAGAACAGAAAGGAACCUUUACAGAGCUGUGACAUAAACUUCAGUUCCUAACUAAGUUUUAAUGAUUUGUCUUUACUCACUCUAGGUAGUUUGUUUGCUCUGAGAUUUAAUUUGGUUGUACACUUAAAAAAAAGGUAUAGUGACCAGACAUCUCUGAAGUUCCAGAAGAAUUUGUUAGUAAUACAGUUUGCUGUUAAAAGAUUUCUUCAGUGACUGAGCAAAGAUACUAUUUGUUGGUAGUCAUUUCGGGUUUCUUCAAAUACAUGGCAACAUUCCAGCCAAAUAAACUUGCCUUCAUUCCCCCCCCCCCCCAAAAAAAAAAGAAAAAAAUAAAAAAAAUCUUACAUACGUUUUACUUGGAUUCUUAGAAUCACAGAAUGGCUUGGUUUGGAAGGAACUAUAAAGAUUGUCUGUUUCCAACACCUUGGAGUUGGGCUGGUUGCUGCCUAUCAGAUCAGGUUGCCCAGGGCUCUAUCUAGGCUGGCCUUGGAUGCCCCCAGGGAUGGGGUAUCCCACAGCUUCUUUGGGUGGCCUGUGACAGGUAUCUUCACCCUUUGAGUAAAAGAAUCCCCUCCUAACAUUUAAAACUAAAAUAGGGGAGAUGUAGGUUAGAACUAUUCCCUGUUGUUCUGUCAUUACUUGCCUGCAUAAGAAGUUGGUCUCCCUUAAGCUCCCUUUAAGUGUUGGAAGGUCACAAUGAGAUCUCCCCAGAGCCUUCUCCAGGCUGAAUGACCUUAGAUCUCUUAAGCCUUUCUUCAUAGGAAUGCUCCAGCUCUCUCAUCAUCUUUGUGGUCCUCUGGACCUGCUCCAACAUCUCCACAUCUUAUGCUAAGGGUUGCUGUCGUGUCAUCUGUAAACUUGCUGCAGGUGCACUUGACUUUGCUCUCUAGAUCAUUGAUAAAAGAGCACUGAUCCUAAAAUGGAGUCCUGAAGGACACCACUAGCAGCCAGCCUCCACAUGGACAUACAGCCACGGACCAAAACCCUCUGGCUGUGACCAUCCAACCAAUUGCUUAUCGACCAAAUAGUCCACACUUAAUCUCUCUGCAAUUUAAAAGUAAGGAUGUGAUAUGGUACCAUAUCUAAGGCCUUGCAGAAGUCCAGGUAGAUGAUAUCAGUUGCUCAUCCUUUGCUGACAACAUUGGUCCAUUGUAGAAGGCCACCAGAUUUGUCAGGCACAACCUGUCCUUGGUUGGAGCUGUGCUGGCUGUCUCAGAUUAGCUCCUUGUUUUGCACAUGCCUUAUCAUAGUUUCCAGGAUGUUCUGUUCCACACUCUUCCUAGGCACAGACGUAAGGCUCAUCAGCAUGUAGUUACUCUGGUUUUCCAGAAAAACCCUUUCUUAAAAAUGGGAGUGAUGAUUCAUUUUUCCAAUCACCGGGGACUUUGCUUGACAGCUAUGAAUUUUCAAAUAUGCUGGAGAGUGGUUUGGCAACCACAUCAACCUGUUCCUUCCAGACCUGGGAUAUAUGUCAUCUGGCUGCGUAGAUUUGUAAUGUUCACUCUUACGAGACAGCAUUGGACUUGUUCUUCUCAGUGGGAGGGAUUUGGAUCCCUCAGCUCCAACCUCCAUGUUUAAGGAUGUGGGAAACAUGGGAAGCCUGACCACCAGUGAACACUGAGGCAAAGAACUUUUUGAGUACCUCAGCCUUGUCCACGUCUGUUGUAGCCAGUUGUUCCUUCUCAUUGUCAAGGAGAGCGUACUUCAGAGGGGGUACGCUCUCCUUUGCCUGUCUCUUCUGACCAAUAUACCUGUAGAAUCAUAAUUUUUUCAUGUCCCUCACCAGGUUUAGUUCCAUCUGUGCCUUGGCUUUCCUAAUCCCAUUUCUGCACAUCCAGAUGGCACCCCUGUAUUCUUCCCAGGCCAUGUGUCCCUGCUUCCACUGCCUACAUUUCCUUUCUAUCACUCGGCUUGACCAUGAGGUCACCAUACCAGUCCCCUGCCAUCCCUGCUUGAUUUCUUGUGCUGGGAGAUAGAGAGGUCUUGUGCUCUCAGAUGUCCUUGAAGAGUUACCAGCUCUUCUCCAUUCAUUUGUCUCUACAGAUUGCUUCCCAGGAAAUCUCAUCCAGUAAUUCCUUUAAUAGUCAGAAAUUUGCUGUCCUGAAAUUCAAGAUCCCAACUUCUCUCUUUGCUAGGCCCAUAUUCCUCAAGACCAUGAAAUCAGCCAAGCAUGAUCACUACAGCUCAGACUGCUUCCAAUUUUAACCUCUUUAAUGAACUCCUCUGCAUUGGUGAGCACGAGGUCCAUUAAUGCUUCUCUUCUGCUUGGACUGUCCAAUACCUGGACCAGGAAGUUCUUCUCAAUGGAUUCCAGAGUCCUGUGGAUUGCUUACAACCCCCUGCCUUGCUUUCUCAGCAGACAUCCAGGUAGUUGAAAUCUCUUAUCAGAAUGAGAGCCUUUGAGCAUGUUGCUUCUUGUGGUUGAAGCAAGAAGGCCUCAUCCGCAGGCUACCCUCAACUGGUUGGCCUGUAGUAGAACCUGAUCACCAUAUGUUUUUUAUUGAUCUGAUCCUUAAUUUUUACCCAUGAGUUCUUAACCUGACUGUGGCUGUUUCUCAGUAGUAAUUUAUCCAUACCUUAACAUAGAGGAUGCUCUGCACCCAUCCUUCCCUGCUCAUCUCUUCUGAAAUACUUCUAGCCCUUGGUUAUAAUGUUUCAGCUGUGCAUUUCAUCCCACUGUCAUUCUGUGACAGUAAUUAGGUUAUAGCUUUUUAAUUGCGCCACGACUUCCAACUCCUCCUUCUUAUUUCCCACUUUGUGUGUGUUGAUGUAGAGGUGCUUCAGUUGGGCUAUCAGCAUUGUUACUUUCUUAGAGAAGCAUAGUUCCUUUAGGACAGUUCAGAGCUUUUUCUCUGCUUCUCCCUAGAGUGAUGGUGUUCCCUGGCCCUUCUCUGUCCCUGAGAAGAAAAUCCUUUUCCCCUAUCAAAUCUAAUAUGAAGUUCUGGUCAUCAGCCCAGCCGGCUUUCUGCCCAGAAUAUUCUUGCUCCUCUUUGUCAGUUGUGUCCCAUCCUACAUCUACAUACCCAGUGUCUGGGUGGUAUAUCCAAGAUAAUAAAACACCAAGUGCAAUGCCAUCCACACAGCCAAUCAUGCACCUGAUCUGUUCAUCUCCUUUUUCCUGGGUCCCAGUCUCCAACUGGGAUGAUAACGGAGAACACAACCUGUGUUCCUAAUCCCUUCAACAUCUAUCUCAGGGAAAUAAGGUAAAUAUAGUUCUCGUUGCAGCCUCAUGUUAUCCAACUUGAAAGAGCAGCAAUGGGUAAUAGUCCUCUGGCUUUAGCAGGCCCAGGAGCUUCUUCUUGCUAUCAUGAAUGCAGGUCCCUGGCAGACAGCAAACCUAUCUGGAGAGAUUCUCCAGGUGGCGAAUGUGUGCCUCAAUACCUCUGAACAAGGAGUCCCUAGUUAUUAACACCUUUUGCCUUUUUUUGGUGACACUGGGUCUAAUAAAGGUAGUUGGUUGGACCAGUUCAGUGUGUCUUCCUGUGUCUGCACUAUUACCCAUGCCGUCUCCUCUUUCCACCCCUAGUCUCAUAUUUGUUGUUGGGUCACUUCAGGGGCAAGGGGGAGGCUCCUCCUGCUCUGACCAAAGACCAGGGUUUGAUCUCCCUCAUCUUGAGUGUUUUUGCCAUCUGUCUCCUCAAGGUUGGAAGCUUGUUUAUCUUCUUCCCUUUGUAGGGACUUAAGGCAGUGCUGUUUGCCCAUGUCACUGCAUGAUAUCAAUGACAUCAGUUUUUCUCUCAGAUUCCUGGAUACUUUACUGUUUAGUGAUUUCCUCUCAAAAUAUGUCCACCUGCUUGAACUGGACACACCUGUACCCGUGACAUGCCCCUCUGUCCUCAUGGUUGCCUUCCAUUUUCUGGAGUCCCCUACAACCGAGGGUCUGGGCAGCUCUGUCACUCUUUGGGACAUCUAUCUGGGUGCACACAUCAGCCCAGAAAGGUUGUGGUGCCCCUGUCAACCGGGCUGUUGUGGUGGGUUAGCACUGUGUUUGUUUCAAUAGAAGGCUGCACCCUGCUACUCCUGCAGCACUCCCUGCAGAUCCUGCAAUUCCUCAUACAGCAUUUUUCUUUCUUCCAAUGGAAGAAAGCAGGUAGAAUGCCUAAUUUGUUUGUUUUGAUUCCUGAGUAAUAUGGACUCUACUGCUGCUCCCAUUCAUGCGCAUAUUACUUCUCUGAGUAGUUAAUACCCGAUGGUUUUCUCCUUCCCACUUAUUUUUGUCUUCAAGUCUCAAAUAAAGCCACUAUCUUUUUCAAGUUCUGAAAAAUAAAUUACUAGGUAUUACGUUUCUUAUGAAUCCCAGAAAAUGAUCUGGAUUACAGGAAGACUGAUCUUUUCUGACGCACACUAAAUUAUUUUCAGUGCAUACACAAACAAGUAUCCAAAACAUGUGGCACACUACUGAAACGGGUAGUAAGCCUGUGUUCCUUGAUGUUUAGUGCUGCUGAGCAUAACCUACUAUACUGCCAGUUAGUAUAUCCAGAGUAACUUCUUAAACUUAUCUUAAAGAUAUCCAUUUGAAUGUUGCUUAAAGUGGCAUACCUUCAGCCUUGCUAUAUCUUUCAGAUAUUCCCAAUCGUCAAUUACUUUGAGCCUAGUAAUCCCAUCUACAGCCAGACAGCCCUACUUUAAACAUGACAUAUGUGUGAAAGUGAACUGUCACAAAGUGAAAAGGCUUAAUCCCUGCAUUCACCAUGCCCUUCUGAUGCUCUCAUGAUCCACUGAAGAGUUUUCCCUCUGGAGUGCCACUGGACAUUUUCACUGGACUGUUGGCACACGAGGAGAUACCUUGCAGUUGCAGCCACACUGCAGCAAUGUCGUAUCAAUGUCGUAUCUACCAGUGCACCAAUGAUGUUUGUCUGUUCAAGAUACAAUUGUCAAGCAAACGUUCAUUGUUAGGCAUCUUAAUUUGGUGCUGAAGCUGCAAUAAAGCUUCACAUGCAAGCAUACCAAGUUUUCUCAUAUCCUGAACUUCCCCUGGAAUGUGAUCUGCUGUGACACAAAUUUGUGCAGAGCUAUCUUGUUUAAUGCUCCUUCUUCACCAUUCACAACUAUCAAACAUUCUUCAUUGCUAACUAAAGAUCAAGCAACUUAUUUGCCUCUGCUUUUAUUUUGAUGAAUCUAAAUUUUAAAUUGUAGCAAAAGCAUCUAUUGUGAGGCAGUUUUGGUUCAGAGGAACAACCUUAGUGCCCCUUCUUCAUUUCUUGAUUUUUUCUGAUUUAAUCAUUCAUACACAAUUUGUAAAGCGUGUAAGGGGUCAAUGCCUCAGAAAGUUCUCUUACUCUGUUUGGCCAAGGUGGACGGCAUGGGAGAGAGGGUGAUUUUACUAAUGCUAGAGGGCUGACAAGUCUCUCAGUGUAGCUGGGGCACCAUUAGGUACUUUUCCUCAUUUUGCCAAUUUUUCCCUUGUUGUCAUUUAGUUAUAUGUUCACUUCUCCUUAAUGUAAUGUACUGGCAGAGUAACACAUCAACAUGGAUGUUUCCUCCCUUUCCCCAUAUUACAUGUUAUUUAGUAUUCCCUACCUUCAGACUUUGCAAAUAGGAGUCAUUUUUUUCGCACUGUUUUCUUCUCUGUCCUGGUAGCAAAUGGGUAACCUUCAAUCACUUUGACUGAAGGUGAUUUACCUGAAAGAAGGACAUGGAAAUAGCUUGUCUCAGUUGACCAGAGUAAUGUUUUCUUUACUAUUAUUUUGUUGCCAGAAGAAGCAGAACAAAUAUUACCAUUACACAAGGAACGCUGGCAGCCACAAGCUGCCAUCUCAGCUAUCACACAGCGCAUUCUUUUUGCAAUAAGUAUUGCAGAGAAAGCUGCAAAGGAAUGCUCACAAACACAAAGGUUUGAACUACAGCAUUAUCCACAUCCUAGUUUUGUCUGUGCUGUGAGUGCAGAAGCACAGAAUGCUGGGAUAGCGUAGACUGGUGGGGAUCUCAGGAGGCAGGUCCGUCCCCACUCUUCUGCUCAAAGCAGCUCAGCUCUGGGGUCAGACCAGGUUGCUCAGGGCUUGAGCCAGUUGAGGUCUUGAAAACGAACAAGGCUGAGGAUGGCACAACCUCCCUGGGCAACCCGUGCCACUGCUUCUGUUCUUUAUGUUCUGUUCAACUUUUCAUGUUUAAAUUUUUUGCAACAAACACCAGUUUGUUGAUACCUUUCUUGUACUAGGGGCCCAAAGCUGCAUGCAGUACUUGGAUGUGACAUAAGGAGUGCUAAGUAGAGGGGGAUAAUCCACCUCUCCAUUUCCCAGUCAUGUCUGCCAGCACUCCGUGGGCCCAUUUCUAUAUGAGCAAGAUAUUUGAUAGGAAGCAGAACCAUGCAUCUGCACUACAUUUUUCACUAAAACAGCAAACCUUCUCCAUGUUGAUGUCUUGGCAGACUCACAGCCUACACUUGGAAAGUAUUUGGUGGCUAUUCUUUUUUUUUAAGCCAUAAAAAUGUGAGAACACUGUACUGCAGAGUAUUCCCAUGGUGCUGUUACUGAAUGAUAAUAUGACAAAUAUAAAACAAAAUCAAAUAAAUAUUCUUAUAAAUACUGUGACUUGGA